AUGGAUUUCCUCAAAUCCGCUGUCGCGUCCGCCAUCGCAAAAGGAACCGGGCAACCUUUCUCCCUCGGCGACAGAGUUGACAUCGGCGACUCAGUUUGGGCACUGCACAACGGCACAAAACGGGAUGACGGUUCUGCCUGCAGUGUGUUCUCUUUCGAUAUCAACGCAAACAAGUCGCGUCUCCCGCUAGCGAAAAAUGCUGUCCGCAAGUUCAGGACGCUACGGCACCCAGGAGUGAUUAAGGUGUUGGAUACCAUUGAGACGGAAACGAACCUGUAUAUUGUCACCGAACGAGUGGUGCCGCUCUCUUGGCCGGUGAAACGAAGGAGUUUGAGUGAGGAGACUGCCAAGUGGGGAUUGUAUACUGUCGCGUCUACACUUAAGUUUAUUAACGAGGACGCUUCCUCCGUCCACGGCGCCGUGCGCGCAUCAUCGGUUUUCACAAGCGAGAGCGGCGAAUGGAAGCUCGGAGGUUUCGAGAUCUUGAGCUCCAUGAAGGAAGAUGAUGCUAUUAUAUACACAUACGGAAGCAUUAUGCCCGACGCUGCACGUUUCACUCCUCCGGAAGUUGUCAAAGGCGGCUGGGAUUCUAUCAAGAGCUACCCUCUUGCAGCAGUUGACGCCUACGGCCUGGGAAUCUUAAUAUUUGAGGUCUUUAAUGGUAACUUUUCUGGCGGCGACCAAGUUGGCAAAACGACAAAUAUUCCUCCAAGCAUGCAGCAAAGCUACAAGCGACUCUGUACUGCUAACCCAAAGCUACGGCUGAGUCCUGGCCAUUUUGUUGAACAAGGGAAGAAGCAGGGUGGCUUCUUUCAGACGCCACUAAUCCGCAUGACGGAGGAUAUCGACAGUUUAGGGCUGAAGACUGAUGCUGAACGUGAAGAAUUCAUCAAUGAGCUUGAUGACCUGUCGGAAGACUUCCCUGAAGACUUCUUCAAGAUGAAGGUGCUUCCAGAGCUUCUCAAAUCCGUGGAGUUUGGAGGUGGUGGACCCAAAGUUCUCAAUGCUACUUUAAAAAUUGGAUCCAAGCUGUCGGCAGACGAGUUUAAUGCUAAAUUGACUCCUGUUGUUGUGCGCCUUUUUGGAAACCCUGACCGAGCUUUGCGAGUCUGUCUAUUGGACAACUUGCCUUCAAUGAUUGACAACCUCCCUCAAAAGGUCGUCAAUGACAAGAUUUUCCCUCAGAUGACUUCUGGUUUCACUGAUGUCGCUCCGGUGGUUCGAGAACAGACCGUCAAGGCUGUUCUUACCAUUAUCAACAAGCUGAAUGACCGCAUUGUGAAUGGAGAAUUGUUAAAAUUCCUCGCACGCACAGCUAAUGAUGAGCAACCUGGUAUCCGUACGAAUACAACCAUCUGUCUUGGACGAAUUGCUAAGAACUUGGGACAAAGUACUCGCUCCAAAGUCCUUAUCGCAGCAUUCACAAGAUCCCUAAGGGAUCCCUUUGCUCACGCCCGAGUUGCAGGACUGCUGGCUUUAUCUGCAACAAUCGAUGUAUUCACCGAGGACGACUGUGCUGCAAAGAUCCUUCCCGCUGUUUGCCCUUCACUUCUGGAUAAGGAAAAAUUGAUCCGAGACCAAGCAAACAAAACCCUAGACCUAUACAUCCAGCGAGUCCGAAAGCACGCCAGCACAAUGGUCGACCCCGUCACACCUCCCACCGCGCCAACAGAAGCAAAACCAGAUGUCCGCGUUGCAACCCCCAACGAAAGCUCCUGGGCCGGCUGGGCCAUCUCAUCCUUCACCAACAAAGUCGCAGCCGCCAACGGCGAAAUGGAAGCAACAACCAACAGCAGCAAACCCGCCGAACCAGAAACAGCUCGCUCGGCGUCCGUCCCCCGCCCCGCUAAAUCCUCACCCUCCACACAGCUCGAUCUGCCAAGACAAGUUCUCCGUCCGACAGCCCAGCCUUUGAACAGAUCAAUGUCCGACCGACCCGCCCCAGCAGUCCACUCAUUGGAACCCGAAGACGACGGAGACGACGUCUUCGACGCAUGGGGUGCAAUGGACGACGAUGACGAAGCCGAAGAAGACCCUUUCACUGCAGCUGUCGCCUCUCCCAAUCCUUCAUCGCCCGCUCCGUCGUCCUCAGCAGCAGCCUCCAAGGUCCCAUACGACGAUGGAGGCGAGCCGGACUUUGCUGGCUGGUUAGCAGCAAAGAACCAAACAAAGACUAAAAACCCUCUACCGAAGGGCCUGGCUAAGGCUUCAUCUACCAAUACUGUCACUACGCGAUCUUCUCUUGCGAGUACGGCUAAGCCACGUGCUGUGGUUGCGCCUAAGAAGAUUGAUACCAAGCCUAAAGAAGAGGAGGUUGACGAUGACUGGGGUGAUGCUUGGGAUUAA